GCCCCUCCACAUCCACCGCGGACGGAGCAGCGGCUGCCUGCGGAGCCGGAGGCGAGAGCGCGCCCGCCGGCCAUGGGGGUUCGGGGGGACCUGUGCGCCGUCCUCUCCGCGGCGUUGCUCGCCGCCCAGGCUUUCCCCCAGACCAACAUAAAAAUCAGCCACGCCCUGCCGGAGCCCGUGCAGCCCUACCCCUGCCCUCUCUUCUGGACCGAGUACGAGGGCCACUGCUACAGAUACUUCCCCAUCAACAAGACGUGGGCCGAGGCCGACCUCUACUGCGCCGAGUUCUCCAUCGGCAUCCGCUCGGCGAAGCUGGCCUCCAUCCACAGCUGGCAGGAGAACGUCUUCGUGUACGACCUGGUGAACAGCCGCGUGCCGGGGAUCCCCACCGACGUCUGGACGGGCCUCAACGACCUCCGGCAGGAGGGUCACUUCGAGUGGACGGACGGCUCCUCGUACGACUACAGCUACUGGGACGGGAACCAGCCGGACGACGGGAUCCACGCCAUGCCGGCGGUGGAGGACUGCGUGCAGAUCUGGUACAGGCACAGCAGCGCGCUGCGCUCCUGGAACGACAACAGCUGCGGCCGGGAGUUCCCCUUCGUCUGCAAGAUCCCCGCGCUGGCGGCCGACUAGCGGCACGCGCCCGCCCGGCACCGCCGUGGCACCGCCGUGGGCACUGCCAGCAGCUCCCGCAGAGAGCCGGGCGCCCGCACUGCCCGGGCCGUGCCGUCGGCUCAUCGCGGGCCAGGGGCGUCCGACGGAGCAUCCGCAGCCGGACCUGCCGUGCGGAGAUGUGCGUCGCGGCUGAGCGCGGCGGGGCGGGAGCGAAGGAAGCGGCAGCCCCGCGGCAGGAGCCGGGCUCGGGGUGUAGCGUUGCAUCGUAUUAGAGGACACUCGUUAUCUUACCACUACACCAAACAGUUAUCCCCCCCCCCAACAGCUGUGUGUAGGAAGCGGUGUUGCCUGUGCGGAGGAAGAGCGGUGUUCUCGGUUAAGUUAUGCGCAGCGCCCUCGCGUUGCUGGAGUUACUCGCUCUCCGCUGAAAUAAAGGGCAAACAGCAA